AUGAUGGAAAGAAUUAAAUCAAAUAAUGAUGAAUUAAGAAGUAAUACACAAAGUAAAUUAGAUGGAGAUCCUAAGACAGAUUGGUUCUGUAAUAAAAAUGGUUUACUUUUAAAAACAUAUGGGUGGACAGUUAAAAAUGCUAUAGGAAUUAUAUUGCUAAUACAUGGAUUCACAGUUCAUGCUCGAUUAAAUUUUAUGAAAAUAAAUUUAAAAAUGCCAAAUAAAAAUGAAGGCUUAGUAGUAGACAAUAAUAAUUACUACAUUUAUAAAGAUAGCUGGAUUGAAAAAUUUAAUCAAAGCGGUUAUUCAGUAUAUGCAUUAGAUUUGCAAGGACAUGGCGAAUCCCAAUCAUUGGGAAAUAUAAGAGGCGAUAUUAAUUGCUUUGAUGAUCUAGUUGAUGAUGUAAUACAAUAUAUGAAUAAAAUUCAAGAUGAAAUUUCAAAUGAUAAUCAAACGAAUAAUGAUAUCUCAAAUGAUGAUAAAACGCGUGAUGAAUAUCAUGAUAUAGUACCAACUAACAAAAAAAGGCUUCCUAUGUAUAUUAUGGGGCAUUCGAUGGGAGGAAGUAUUGGUAUACGAAUAUUACAAUUAUUAGGGAAAGAAAAAGAAAAGAACAUUAAUUAUGGAGAUGCAAAUAACUAUAAAAAAGGUAAAGCUAUAUUAAACAAUUCUACUAAUAUUAAUGAAAUUGACAAUGAUAUGUAUUAUAUGAAUAAUUCUACUGAUUAUGGCUCCGAUAAUUCCUGUGCCAGUACAUCUGCUACAAUAAAUGCUAUUGUUAGUGGUAAAGAUGAAGGAUGUUAUAAUUAUUUAGAUAAAUUAAAUAUUAAAGGUUGCGUAACUUUAUCUGGUAUGAUGAGACUUAAAACGCCAUUUGGUUCUGGAAACAAAUCAUUUAAGUAUUUUUAUAUACCUAUAACAAAUUUUCUGUCUCGUGUCGCGCCUCAUACACUAUUUUCGUCAGAAGCACGCUAUAAAAGGUCAGAAUAUGUUGCUAAUAUAUGUAAAUAUGAUAAAUUUCGAAAUAAUAAUGGAGUAAAAUUUAAAUGUAUAUCGGAACUUAUGAAAGCAACGAUCACAUUGCGUUGUGAUAUUAAUUAUAUGCCAAAAAAUAUUCCUAUAUUAUUUAUGCAUUCAAAAGAUGAUGAUGUUUGUUGUUAUAAAGGGACGGCUCCGUUUCAUAAUAAAGUAAAAAUUAAAAAAAAAGAAUUAUAUACUGUUGAUAAUAUGGGUCAUGCUAUAACGAUAGAACCAGGAAAUGAAGAAAUUUUAAACAAAAUUAUUGAUUGGAUUAGUAAUUUAAGAAACAAUGGUGAAGACGAAAUAGAAGAUGAAUAA